AUGAAUUUGGGCCCCGUUGCUAUUCACCCAAUUCUUGCUUACCACCCCUACGUCUUUCCCAUCAACUAUGACGUCUCAUACCCACCCAAUACCGCCUCCGCCAACAUUCGCGCCUCACCUAUCAACCUUGACUCCUACUGCCUCACAGGACCUGCAACCACCCCACCCAUUCCCAUCCUCUCCCUCCAGAACGACUUCCUCCCAUGGCGCUGUGAAAUCCGCGCGUCGACAUCUCCUUAUGUCACCGUCGAGGACGUUCUCAUCCAGCUCUACCGCUUCCUCCGUACACCGGGGACUCGUGAGGAGUUCAAAGCGGUUCCCAGCCAGCGCGCCCGGGACACCAUUGCAGAAACAUACCACAAUCGAUGUUUACGCGCCUCAUCGGCUGAGGCUUACGCGGAAGAGCAGCGUAAGGGGCUGAAGCGGGUAGACUUCUUAAUGGGGUGCACCACGUUCAUGGGCCUGUCUAGCACAAAAUUAGGUCCAGACGUUUGGGUGCUGAACCUACAGUGA